UGACAGUGGUGUAGAGGAGAGAGUGGGGAUUGUUCGGCGGCGGAGCCUCCAGCCCGGAGCGCACGCAUGUUCAGUGGACUCGAAUGGUGUGAAGCCCCAGAUGAAGGACUCAGACGUCCGGGAAUGACAGCCGCUGUCACCGAGAGUGACAGCUUUCACUCUGACCUACUCCGCUAAAACUACUCCAGCUGACACCUAACACUGAUCCGGAUUGGAUCCAGCCAGACCAGGACUAUGCCAGAGAUGGAGAAAGGGAGACCUCCGGAAAAUAAACGCAGUAGGAAACCCGCGCACCCCGUAAAGAGGGAGAUCAACCAGGAGAUGAAGACAUUUGCAGAAAGCACCAUGAACGAGCUCCUGGGUUGGUACGGAUACGACAAGGUAGAUCUCAGAGACUCAGAGGCCAAUGAGAUCAGAAACUACAGAGAGAGACGCCAGCAUGUGUCAGUACUAAAAGAAAACUCAUUGCCAAAACCCAAGAGCCUGGACACCAAAGUCAGUCAUUCAGUCCUGGCCAUGAAGACUGGGGAGAGAGAGUCCUCCAGUGUCCCCUCCUCUUCACCGUCCUCUUCGUCGACAAGCUCGUCCCUGACCACUCCCAAGGAGCACAAGAGUGCCCCUGUCAUUGUCCCCCUUAUAAAGCCAUCAGCAGUGGAAGAUGUACAGAAUGUGCAGAUAGUGUGUGUUUGGUGCCAGAAAGAAGGUGUAAAACGCUACUCUCUAUGUAUGGGCUCAGAGCUCAAGAGCUUCUGCAGUGAGAAGUGUUUCGCCGCCUGCAGACGGGCCUACUUCAAACGCAAUAAGGCCAGAGAUGAAGACCUCCAUGGUGAGAGAUCCCCUCAGCACCCCCAUGCAGAGGACUCGCCCAGACUGGUGUUGAAAAUAAACAGCAAUGUCAGAUCUCUCUCCCCUGUGCCACAGGUAUGUGAUUGGUGCAAGCACGUCCGUCACACUAAAGAAUACUUGGACUUUGGAUCUGGUGAGGAACGACUCCAGUUCUGCAGCACCAAGUGUCUGAAUCAGUACAAGAUGGAUGUAUUCUACAGAGAAGCCCGUGCAGCUCUCACCAGCACCAGCUCUAGCCCAAGCAGACCCAGUCAGGAGGUGAGGGCGGACAGCAGCGUCAUCGGGCAAAAGCUACUCACUCCUGAGUCCUGGAACAGCAACAACAGUAUAGGGGAGGCCCGUCACAGAAACCUCUCCCCAAAAGGGUCUGCACUAAUCCAUGGAUCAGCAGAAUCCACAUCCAUCUCCUCCUCAGAGGCAUCUUGUUCUUCCAAGGUCCCUGUCUCUGGGCUGAGGACCCUGGAGAGACCCAUACAGCCUCCUCCACCUCCGCCUGCUGUGGAGGUGUCACCCCACCCUGCUCCCCUUCCCCUUCCACCUCCUCCUCGCCCCCCUCUGGAACAUCAGCCGGUGCCUCAAAUCCCCAUUCCCUUCAUCAGACCUCCUCUUCAUGCUCAGGGCCUGAAAAGCCCCCUUGCCAACCCUCCCAGACACCCAGGCCCCCCCUCCAGCCCUAUCCACAGACCUCCUCACUCUCCUCACCUGCAGCCCCCCACCUCCUCUUCCAUAAAUCCCCCUGGACUGAUGCAUCCCUUUCCAGGUGCCUACUUCCCUGGCUUGCACUCCCCUCCUCUGAAUAUGAUGCCAAGAGGUCCUGUCCCAAUGCCUCCCAUAAUGAACUUUGGUAUCCCUUCCUUCAGUCCUCUCCUGCCCCAGCCCACUGUCCUGGUUCCCUAUCCCAUCAUUGUUCCCCUGCCUGUUCCCAUACCCAUUCCCAUCCCAAUUCCAGUCCCCUCUAAGACAACCCUAGAAACUCCAAGUCACAGUGGAGUUAUCCAGCCUGUGCCAGAGGGGGCAGACAGGGGUAGAUCCAGGGCUACCAGGCCGCCAUCUCCAGGGAUCCCCGAAGGGGACAGCAGAUUGGUAGCCAACAAAUUGGGUGGAACCUUGACUCAAGGUUUCCCCUCACCAAGUGACCCCAACACAAGGGACACAGAUUGGGUUAAAUCAGAGAGGCCAUUCCCAUCCCCAACAUCCACGCUCAACAGUGGAACCUCCUCUCCCAGAGCACAGUACAAUGAAUCCCCCUGCUCGGCUCCAGGGCUAGAGGGGCUGACAGACUAUAAGCAGCAGCAGGCAGAGCGACAAGUCAUCCAAAGGGUUCUUCAAAGGACCCAAGUGAAGCUGGAGCCCAGUGCCAAUGGAGUGGUGGACCUAUCAGGGCUGGGGGAGUCAGGAACUGGGCAGGGUACCAGAUCAGGGCUCCACGACAUCAUCAGACCCACCCCUACUCUACCACUGUCCCCUUCACAUGACACUGUCUACCACCACCAGGACUCCCACACUCUACGUUCACAAACCCCACCAAGCCCAACAGGGAGCAGCCAUCCAAAUGAUGUCACGUCCUCUGCCUUGAAAUCUCAGGACCACAGUCCAAAUGGGAUGUCUUUGUCGUCCACACCCUCCAGUCCAGACUCCUCCGUACCCCAGAGAGUAUCAGCUCCACUCCCUGAACCCACAAUCAGUGAGUUGGAGGCCAUCAAAGAAAACAAGUGCUCUGUUGUUGGCCCAGUGCGGGUCGAGGGCCCAGUCAAUCAGUCAGAAGAGCCCUUAGCUGUAGUCGGGGAAGUAGGAGAGGACCCCCAUGUUCCUGAUGAGGACCAUGCCUAUGCCCUGCCCACAGCGCCAAAGACAGGUGGGACCACCACCCCUCUGCUCUUGCCCAAACUCAGGGACAAGGGUAGCUUGCGGGGCCCUGUUAAUAUGCCCACUGCUGGAGACUUGGAGCCAGCUCUGAAGAGGCGAUGUCUACGAAUCCGAGAUCAGAAUAAAUAGAGGAUGGAGGUGAGAGAUUCUAUUACUAGACUCCCUGUUUAACACUGUAUGGCAGUGCCAGAUUCAGUGCCACGCCCUCUUGUGGACAACACCAGUGCUAACAGCCUCCAGCCUUGUCCCUCAGCCUGUCAGCCCACCAGAGUGUUGCUCUGCCUGUAGACCAGCAGGGUGCCAACCCAGGAAGCAGUCCAGAUGGCCAUAUUAUCACAAGCCAACGUGGCGGGAAGAACACAACACAGUCACACAUUUUGUCUUGGACCAAAGAGUAUUGCUGUCUUGUGUGUUAUGUUGUGUUCAGUGAGAUUGUUUGAUAUGGAGCAUCUCAGAUCUUCUCCCUGUCUGACAGUGCCCUAAAGUGUGCCUAUGUGUGUGUAUGUGUGUGCACAAGUUAGUGUGGCUGCCCAGAUGCGCUCCUCCUCCUCCUCCUCUCCUUGCUCCACACAGCAGACAGAGCUCUGAUCAGCCUUGUGUGGUCUUCUCAGAUGGAACCUGAACAUGAUCUCUUUCCAGGGGAAACGGUUUGUUUUCUCUGCCUGGCUUGCACAAAGAGCCACAUUGUUCCUCUCCCCAUAUCCCACGCUGACUCCCCACUCCAGGUUUUGGGUUACCUGGCUGACGGGGGCUCAGACUUCAGGAGCUUUUUUAUUUUUUUGACCGACAGCCAGGAAUAUAGUACACCCUUCUCCCCUCCACCUCUCCGCCCCAAUCUAAAUACGGUACGCACUACACACACUAGUCCUGAGGUUUGAAUCCUCACAACUGAUUGCCUGUGAUUCCCUACUCUGCUCACUUCCUUCAAGGGAGGAGAGAAAUUCUGCUGAGAUUAAGACUUCAUCCUUGGGCAGGUUACACACUGUGCAGUGAGAGUCUUGCUGGGCUGUUAAGACAAAUGACUGAGCAGUAUAAUGCAACCUUUUAGGAGAGAGGAUGCUCCCUCUGCCGCCUCCAAAACAAUGUAAAACUAUAUAGUAUAUAUGAGGGGACGCCUACUGACACACAGUAGCUGAGGUGGUCUGUGAACACUUUAGUCGUCCUGAUGACGCUGGUACAUAAAUGUUUGAUUUACAGACCCUCCCUCACCAUUCACCUGAUCUGCCAAAGCUUUAAUAGCAAAUCAGAAUUUGAAUCACUUUUAGCAGCAAGUGCCAUAAAUAUUUAUGGAAAAUUAAAAUCUUGAACAUUCAUGGCACAUGACAUUUUAACUGAUCCCGAUUCUGAUUUAUUUUUUUCUUUAUAUUGCUGGCUCUGAUCAGACCAUCCUAAAAAAAAAAAUUAAAAAAAAAAAAAAAAAAAAAAAAAAAACA